GAAAAUAGAUCAUCAUGGUGGCACCAAAGAGUCACACAGAUGACUGGGCUCCUGGGCCUUUCUCCAGUAAGCCACAGAGGAGUCAGCUGCAAAUAUUCUCUUCUGUUCUACAGACCUCUCUCCUCUUCCUGCUCAUGGGACUAAGAGCCUCUGGAAAGGACUCAGCCCCAACAGUGGUGUCAGGGAUCCUAGGGGGUUCUGUGACUCUCCCCCUAAACAUCUCAGUAGACACAGAGAUUGAGAACGUCAUCUGGAUUGGUCCCAAAAAUGCUCUUGCUUUUGCACGUCCCAAAGAAAAUGUAACCAUUAUGGUCAAAAGCUACCUGGGCCGACUAGACAUCACCAAGUGGAGUUACUCCCUGUGCAUCAGCAAUCUGACUCUGAAUGAUGCAGGAUCCUACAAAGCCCAGAUAAACCAAAGGAAUUUUGAAGUCACCACCGAGGAGGAAUUCACCCUGUUCGUCUAUGAGCAGCUGCAGGAGCCCCAAGUCACCAUGAAGUCUGUGAAGGUGUCUGAGAACUUCUCCUGUAACAUCACUCUAAUGUGCUCCGUGAAGGGGGCAGAGAAAAGUGUUCUGUACAGCUGGACCCCAAGGGACCCCCAUGCUUCUCAGUCCAAUGGAGGCUCCAUUCUUACUGUCUCCCGAACACCCUGUGACCCAGACCUGCCAUACACCUGCACAGCCCAGAACCCCGUCAGCCAGAGAAGCUCCCUCCCUGUCCAUAUUGGGCAGUUCUGUACAGAUCCAGGAGCCUCCAGAGGAGGAACAACGGGGAAGACUGUGGUAGGGGUCCUGGGAGAGACAGUCACCCUGCCACUGGCACUCCCAGCCUGCCGGGACACAGAGAAGGUUGUCUGGUUGUUUAACACAUCCAUCAUUAGCAAAGAGAGGGAAGAAGCAGCAACAGCAGAUCCACUCAUUAAAUCCAGGGAUCCUUACAAGAACAGGGUGUGGGUCUCCAGCCAGGACUGCUCCCUGAAGAUCAGCCAGCUGAAGAUAGAGGACGCCGGCCCCUACCAUGCCUACGUGUGCUCAGAGGCCUCCAGCGUCACCAGCAUGACACAUGUCACCCUGCUCAUCUACCGGAGGCUGAGGAAGCCCAAAAUCACGUGGAGCCUCAGGCACAGUGAGGAUGGCAUCUGCAGGAUCAGCCUGACCUGCUCCGUGGAGGAUGGGGGAAACACUGUCAUGUACACAUGGACCCCGCUGCAGAAGGAAGCUGUUGUGUCCCAAGGGGAAUCACACCUCAACGUCUCAUGGAGAAGUAGUGAAAAUCACCCCAACCUCACAUGCACAGCCAGCAACCCUGUCAGCAACAGUUCCCACCAGUUUCUUUCUGAGAACAUCUGUUCAGGACCUGAGAGAAACACAAAGCUUUGGAUUGGGUUGUUCCUGAUGGUUUGCCUUCUGUGCAUUGGGAUCUUCAGCUGGUGCAUUUGGAAGCAAAAAGGACGGUGUUCAGUCCCAGCCUUCUGUUCCAGCCAAGCUGAGGCCCCAGCGGAUACACCAGAACCCACAGCUGGCCACACGCUAUACUCUGUGCUCUCCCAAGGGUACGAGAAGCUGGACACUCCCCUCAGGCCUGCCAGGCAACAGCCUACACCCACCUCAGACAGCAGCUCUGACAGCAACCUCACAACUGAGGAGGAUGAGGACAGGCCUGAGGUGCACAAGCCCAUCAGUGGAAGAGACGAGGUGUAUGACCAGGUCACUCAGGAGGGCGCUGGACAUGACCCAGCCCCUGAGGGCCAAGCAGACUAUGAUCCCAUCACUCCAUAUGUCACGGAAGUUGAGUCUGUGGUUGGAGAGAACACCGUGUAUGCACAAGUGUUCAACUUACAGGGAAAGACCCCAGUUUCUCAGAAGGAAGAGAGCUCAGCCACAAUCUACUGCUCCAUAUGGAAACCUCAGGUGGUGCCACCACCACAACAGAAUGAUCUUGAAAUUCCUGAAAGUCCUACCUAUGAAAAUUUCACCUGAAAGGAAAAGCAGCUGCUGCCUCUCUCCUGGGACCGUGGGGUUGGAAAGUCAGCUGGACCUCAUGGGACCUGGGGCUCGCAGACCGAAGCACCUCAGAAUUUCCUUCAGUGCCUCAGAGAUGCCUGGAUGUGGCCCCUCCCCCUCCUUCUCACCCUCAAGGCCUCCCAAACCCAUUAAUAGUUCAGACACAGGCUCCUUCUUGGAGCCUAUGGGCUUCAGAUGUCUUUGCCCCAUUUGUCACCUCGCACACUUAUAGCGUUUCCUCCUCGAAAUUCUACAAAGACUGGUCAAAUGUUGCUGAGGGGCCUGGACCAGCUGUCCUUUACACCACCUUCUCAACACUGCUGAAAAGAACCCAAGAGAAUUGUCACACAUGACACAAGAUGUACGUAAUAUCAUGCUCACUGCAGUGUUAUUUAAAAUAAAAGGCAGGAAAUAACCUAAAUGUCCAUUCAUUCAGUGAGAAUCCAGUUACAUAUAUGAUUAUAUACC